AAGACGCGGCAGGUGGCACUGCAGAGCCUGCGCCUGGCCUUCUCCUCCAAAACCCUCUCCGAGUUCCUGCUGGAGCGUCGCCUCAUGCUCACCGACUCCCUGGAGAAGUGUCUCAAGAAAGGUAAAGGGGAGGAACAGGCGCUGGCGGGCACUGUCCUCACCCUCCUCUGCCUCCAGAUGGGCUCCGGCCCAGAGGGGGAAGAGGUGUUUCGCAGCCUGAAGCCCCUGCUCAUCAGCGUCCUGACAGACAGCACGGCCAGCCCCAGCGCCCGGCAGAGCUGUGCCACGGCCCUGGGCAUGUGUUGCUACAUUGCCGCUGCUGACCUCGAGGACCUGGUCUUGUGCCUGUCCUGCUUGGAGAGCGUCUUCAGCCCCCCCAGCGCAGGCGAGGGGGGCUUGGCACCUGCCCAGCACGGCCCUCUGCACUGCAGCGCGCUCCAGUCGUGGUCCCUGCUCCUCACCAUCUGCCCCCCCUCCCACAUCAAGAGCAUCUUGGACAAUCGCUGGCUGAAGCUGCCCCCGCUGCUGUCCAGCAGCAGCGUCGCGCUGCGCAUCCUGGCUGGGGAAACCAUCGCGCUGGUCUUUGAGCUGGCUCAGGACAUGGAGGAGGACUUGUGCCACCAAGAUACAGAGUUCCUGCGUGCCCAGCUCAAGGUCCUGGCUACCGAGAGCAACAAGUACCGAGCCAAGACGGACCGACGGAAGCAGCGCUCCAUCUUCCGGGACAUCCUGCGCUUCAUCGAGAGCGGGGAGUACCAGGAGGAGACCAUCCGAUUUGGCCUGGAGUGCAUGUACCUGGACAGCUGGGCACGCCAGCGGACCUACCAAGCCUUUAAAGAGGUGCUGGGCUCCGGCAUCCGCCACCACCUCCAGAACAACGAGCUGCUACGGGAGAUCUUCGGCCUCGGGCCCCCCUUGGUGCUGGAUGCGGCUGCUCUGAAAGCCAGCAAGGUCUCCCGCUUCGAGAAGCACCUCUACAACUCGGCUGCCUUCAAAGCCCGCACAAAAGCCCGGAGCCGGGUGCGGGACAAGCGGGCAGAUGUGCUGUGACGGGCGGAGGGGGGCAGAGCCCCCAGCCCACCUGGACUGCAGACCCAGCACUGUGAGGGGCAAGUGCCCCCGCCCUUGGGCUUUUAUUCAUGUACAGCAGAGUAUUUAAUGCCUGGAGCUGCCCCGCUGGGGGCUGCCCCCUCUUUUAUUUUUUUAACCAAAAAGAAGAAGGAUAAAAGAAGAGCGGGGGGGAGGUGGUGGCGUGCUGCUGUGUGCCUGCUCUGCGGCUGGGGCUCCGCGUGGCAUGGUAGGAGGGGAUCUCACAGAGCUCCCGCAGCCCCUUUCGGAAGCAGGGCUCG